GCGUAAUUCCCAUUGUCGUUGGUGCCAUGCGGGAAACGUUAACCCUUCAAUUUGGUAGCGUCAGCAAUCAGGUGGCCGACAAGUUCUGGCACAGCUGCCUGCACGAACUCAAUGCCGACAAAGCCUGCAUCGCUUCAGGUGGAGAUUCGACUAUGACGGUUCGAAACGGACGCUUCGCACCCCGUACCGUGGCGUUUUGCAACAAGGGUGGCCUUUCUACAGCGCAACCAAGAAGCCGAGACGCCGCGCCAAGCGCGUGGGAUGGAGGUGUGCAAGUGAUAGCUCAAGAGGUAGAUGACGCUCAAACUGUGGCGACACCGCUUCAGUCGCGGUCCAUUGUCGAAGUCCACGAAUUUCGUCACUUUGACCCGUUGAACAACUUUUACCAUGGAAUCCCCAGUAUGGAUGGCACGAUUCGCCGCGAUACGAUGGACGCCGCACACGAUGCAAUUCGCGCAGCACUAGAAGAGUGCGACUCGCUUCAGGGAGUGCAAUGUGUCGUCGACGUGGACUCGACAUGGGGCGGGUUUGCGUCCGAGGUGCUGCGAGGUGUCCGCGAAGAGUGCCCAUCCGCAUUCGUGUGCUGUCUUGGUCACGACGUCAGCUACCCCCUGGCAACCUCCAUCGACGUUUUCGAUCGAUCCAAGCAAAACAGUCGGCGAUUCAUCAACUUGGCCUCGUCCGUCGUUCACUUACAUGAUCUGAGCACUCUCUUCAUCCCGUUUUCACCGCACUCGCAUGACGCGGGAGCGAUUGCGUGGAACUCGCUGUCGUCGGUGUAUCGAUGGCCGGCCGCGGCGUCGUUUCACGACAUGCUGUUCCGCCCGAACGCCAAGAUCAUGCAACUCAGCACAUCGUUGUUGACUCCUCAAGCCCUCUUUGCCAUGCCGCCCCUCGACAGAGUUGCCCAUUGGGACUCGUCGACGACGUUUCCGGUGUUCGACGUCGUUCGCGGCAGCCCGCGCAAGUUUGCAUUUCAGUGUGUGACCAUUCGCAAUCUAUCCCCGUACACGUUGGCCGGAAAUGCCGGCGAGCCGUUCGACUACUGGCGCUCGAUCACGGUGGCCAAGCGAUUGCACUCGCCCGAGUCGCGGCCUCUUGCAGGUUCCGUGGCGUCCCUCAGCAUCACGGACCACGUGCCCAAGUACCUCGAGCACCUCGCGGUUGGCGUGAAACAUGUCGACCCCCGCGUUGUGCACGAGUUUACUCAGUCGGGAAUGAACCCUGACGGCAUUCGCGAUCUCCACGACGACCUGUUUCGUUUGAGCGACUCGUCGUUGUAACGAAAUGUGCGAGUCUCGGCCAUGCCAUGGCGUCCGAGUGCGUCGUCGUCCACGUGGCUCGCAAAGAACACCCUGGGCGGUGUGAAUGGCGAGCGGGUGCCGACUUGAUGGCGCGAUGGCCCGUCGAAACUCCAAAUAAAUAACAUGUUAGGAACGGUUUACGCAAAGUACCCCGUGUUGUACGGCUGAGAUGGAUGAAAAUGGACGUCGGGGACGAUGCAGCACUGGUACAGCGGCGGGAGAACCACGUCGCGCUCGGUCUCGGGCUCGUACUGCAGUUGGUCGUCGACAGCCGGCGGCAUGUACAUGCCAAACGACGCGUACGCGACGGCCGUCGACACGACUUGGACCGCGUACUUGUCGACACUCGGGAUUUUCUUGAGCUUGGAUUGCAUGGUCGAAUACACGGAAAAAGGAACUGGCGAGGCCGCGUACGGGAGAUACUGCUGCAGCCACGUCACGCAGUCCCACACAUCCUCGGCCUUGAGGUGCAAAAAGUGCGCCAGCGCGUACAGGUUGUGCCCAGGCGCGAUCAGGAAUAAUGCGGCAGCAGCCAUCAUGCUCGGCAAGAAGUGGAGGCAAUUGGCGUGCAAGAGAGCCACGUCGAGGAGAUUACACGCGAUGUGAAACACGUUGGCCCGUUCCGACGCGCGAGCGUGCGAGUUGUGCUGUUGCUUUACGCCAAAGUACUCGUAGUCGUACCCGACAUAGCACGGCGACGACUGGAUUGGAUCCUUGUACAGCCCAAGACCCUCCAUCGUCAGGAGCAGCCACGACACAGACGUCGCUGGAUACAGCUUCCACUCGAGUGUCUUGAGCAUUGCUUCCUCCUCGGCAACUACUUCCUCCUUCGUCGUGUAGAUGGAAUGGGGCUUGGUCUUUUUGGAUUUCGAUCGCGCCGACGGCCCCCGCUUCCGCGUUUGUAACUCGAUGAUUUCGCCGCUUUCCCGUUGCACCGCCUCGAGGAUUUCUUGAAUGGACGGUGGGCUAACUUCUUCAAUCUUGCAUGCGAUCACAACGGCGGCAGAAGUAAUGACCACACUUGGAUGCUCCGGAGUCUUCAUGGAAUUGACGUAGGUGGGGACAAGGUAGCCGUGGUGCAGCAAGUUCGACAGCAAAAUCCUUGUCAGGUAGGAACACGCCAAGUGGCACGUCUCCCUUUUCAACGCCAACGAACUCGCCACGCAAACGACACGAUGCACAAGGCGCGCUCGAAACGUGUUAAACGACGGCCAUUCCAUUGGAGUGAGCGAGUGCACAUAGCUGCAAACGGAGUACACUUUCUCAAUCUCACGAAGGCGGUAGUUCCGGACCACGUCAAAGUCCAGCUCAACCGUGUCCUUGGUCAUUUCAUGGCCCAUUUGCGUGUCGACGAGGCGGUGCUCGGUGGUGGUGGUGGGUGGGUACAUUCCAGAAUACAUCCCCUCAAACGAUGAUGGUGGCGCGAUUUGCACGUGGGUG